UUGAAGAUGUCAGAUUUGAUCAAUUGAUCCUGGCAAGAUAUGUUACUUCAGAUGUACUGGGCGUCUCAUUUCCCGCUAUUCUGUACAUAGACGCCUUUAUCGUAGGGAUUGAUGUCAUAUCCUAGGAGAUCAGAUGUAUUGUGCCUGUCAAAAUAACCUUUGAGAUCAGGAAGAGUAAGCAAAAAAAGCGACGGCAUCAAGAACUAUAAGAUCACCGGAUAAUUCCUCAUUACAUUUCUAUUUCAUUAUUAGCAUCAUCUUCUUCACCUUCACUACACACAUUCAUUCCAAUACUUUCUACAACAGCUGUGCUGUCCAUUGAACUGUUAAUACAUUCAUUCUAUAUUACAAAAUUUAUAUUACGAGUUUCUUUCACUCACCACUUACUUCAACUAUCCAUCCUUUAUAAACCCCAAUCAACCAAUCAAUCCAAUCAAAAUGCGUUUCUCACUCCCAGCUCUUGUCCUCUUCCUCUCUGUCGUUAACGCCUCUCCUCUUCCCAAGAAGGAAAAGGCCGCCGCGGCAUCCUCCUCCGCAAUUUCAUCGGCCACAGCAGCGGCAUCCUCCGCAAUUGCAUCGGCCACAGCCGCCGCUUCCUCAACUGCCGCAGCCACAUCGGCAGCAUCCAGCUCAACUUCAACGGCUGCAGCCGGAAGUGUUUUGACCUCUUCGGCAUACAAUGAUUUCCAAAUCUCCGCGGGAACUGCCGGAUCCGCUCAAGAUGAAGCCAAUGCACUCUUUACCGGUAUCGAUAUGAACAAUCUCGCUGCUGUUUCCGCAUCUGAUCUUAAGAUCAUUCAAGGGGUUCAUGAUGCUGCUGAGGAUGCUGAAGUUGAUGGAUUCAACCCAGCCAUUGCGGCCGCUGAUGGUGAUGCUGCUACUGCUCUUCAGAACGGCAAAAUCAAGAACAAGGUUCUCAAACUCACCGCCGAAGUCCUUGCUCUUAAAAUCAAGGUAGCUCAAGGAAAGUCUGGAGAUCCCGCGCCCGAACAGACAAAGUUGGCCAACAACAUUAAGUUGGAUACUGCGGCUGCAGGACAAGCCAGUACCCCCGUUAGUUUUGAUGCUACGAGCUAGAGGAUAUGAUAAGAAGGUUAAUUGAACACUUGAGGAUUUGGGAUAUAGUGGAAAUUGUUCGCGUGGACGUGAACCAUGGAUACUUUAAUACAACGUGUCAUUUUACACAGAUGUAUACAAUGGGCCGAUCUUGGGUAGAUGGUGGUUGGUGGACGCAUGGAAUUAAAUGGAUGGUUAUUCAUUACUACUUAGCAUAAUGAUAGUAAUCACGCUAUGAAAAUUCUUUACUU